AUGAGAGUCAUUGAUGGCAAGACAGCACUCAUAACAAUAUACCAGACAGGAUCUUACAACCUCUCAGCGUAUGGCAUAGGUCCUGGAAAUGGUUGGGUUAUAAACGGCGUCUUCCAGGAGGUUGAUAUAAAGACAGGCAAGGUCCUAUUUGAGUGGAAAUCGCUUGACCACGUUCCCCUUUCGGCUACCCACGCCCCUCUGCGGUUAGAUGGAGUGGUUGGUGAUGGCUUGACUAAUGGUAGCGCUUGGGACUAUUUUCACAUUAAUUCGGUAGAUAAGAAUAAUGACGGCGACUACCUUGUAUCUGCAAGACAUACCAGCUGCAUAUACAAAGUUUCCGGCCAGAACGGGUCCAUUAUCUGGCAACUGGGCGGGAAUCAAUCAUCUUUCCAACUGAGAGGUUACAAUUUCUCCUAUCAACAUGAUGCCCGGUUUCGAGAGGAGAAUGAGACCACGACAAUUCUCUCUUUCUUUGAUAAUGCAAGCAACAAUCAUACAAACACGUCAUCCACUUCAUCAGGGAAGAUUAUCGCUAUCGACCACAAUACGAACACCUCGACAUUACUUAGACAAUACCAACCCCCGGGCGACGGCCUGCUUUCUAUUUUCCAGGGAAACACGCAAAUAAUGCCGAACAAGAACGUUGUGAUCGGAUGGGGCUUCUAUCCUUCGAUAUCUGAGCAUACCGAGGACGGCACUGCAAUAUUCUUUGCUACAUUGGAAUCCCCAGAUGCACAGAAUUACCGUGCAUUUAAGGCCAAUUGGACUGCAAAGCCAAGCGACCCUCCUGCACUUCGGACAUACAGUGCAUCCACAAACUCCCCAACCACCUUCUGGGUAAGCUGGAAUGGAGCAACAGGUGUUGACCGCUGGAGAAUGCACGCCACUUCCCCUGAGUCUGGUGAAUUCAUGCCUUUGGAUGUAAUACAUAACCAAGGCUUUCAGACUACAUAUGCCAGUUCUAGUUACCACCCUCGGGCUUUUGCGGAGGCUAUUGCAGCCGAUGGGUCGAGUAUGGCAAACUCGACAGUUGUGGAUACAUCUUCAACAUUACCUAGGUGA